AUGCAUAUCAAGACUUUAGUCGUUGCCCUCGUGGGCGUAUCUGCCGCUGUCGAAGGCGCUGAGAUUGGACGCAGAUCUCCCUUUUCUCAGGCCUUGGAGCGACGACAGCGAGGCGGGAACGGAAAUGGUGGCGGUAAUCGAGGUGGCGGCAACAAUGGCGGCAACAACAACAACGGUGGCAACAACAACAACAACGGCGGCAAUAAUGCUCUAGUACUAAGCGCCAAUGUCCAACAGGAAGGCUCUGAAUCCGAUGGCAACAACCCCGGAACUAAUGGUCAAGCAGCCUCAGACACUUCCAACAAUAACUUCAUCAACUUCUGCGAGGGCCAGACCUUGACCAACGGCAAGCAGAUCGGCCGUGGUUCUUGUAAUGGAAUUCCCAUGGGUCAGAUUCCUGCUACCCAAAAUAUGGUUUCUAGCAUUUUCAUCAACCCCAAGAAUGGUGACAACCUGCCGGCGAAUCAGGACUUCAAGAUUCAAGUUAAGUUGCUGAACUUGAACGCCGGUAGCUUCACCAAUGCCACAUCUACGUACUACUCUGCUCCUCAGAAGCUUGGUGGAAAUGGCAACAUCAUUGGUCACACUCAUGUCACUGUCCAAGAUACCGGCCGAGGAGCGAAUCCCACGGAACCUCUCAACCCCACCCAGUUUGCCUUCUUCAAGGGUAUCAAUGACGCUGGUGAUGGGAGGGGCUUACUGAGUGCCGAUGUCGCUGGUGGGCUUCCAGCUGGAAACUACCGCGUGUGCAGCAUGUCAUCUUCCUCUAACCAUCAACCUGUGCUGAUGCCUGUUGCCCAGCGUGGUGCUCAGGACGACUGUGUCCGUUUCAAGGUUUCCAAUGGAGGCAACAAUGGAGGCAACAAUGGAGGCAACAAUGGAGGCAACAAUGGAGGCAACAAUGGAGGUAACAACGGAGGCAACAACGGCGGCAAUGGAGGCAACAACGGCGGCAAUGGAGGCAACCAGGCCGGACAAGGCAACCAGGCCGGACAAGGCAACCAGGCCGGACAGGGCAACCAGGCCGGACAAGGCAACCAGGCCGGACAGGGCAACCAGGCCGGACAGGGCAACCAGGCCGGUCAAGGCAACCAGGCCGGUCAAGGCAACCAGGCCGGUCAAGGCAACCAGGCCGGUCAAGGCAACCAGGCCGGUCAAGGCAACCAGGCCGGUCAAGGCAACCAGCAGGCCGGACAGGGCAACCAGCAGGCCGGGCAGGGCAACCAGCAGGCCGGACAGGGCAACCAGCAGGCCGGGCAGGGCAACGGCGGAGUGAACAAUGCCCAGCAGCGUCCUAACAGACAGGGUAAUAACGGCGAGCAGGCCGGCAAUGGCCGUGGACAGGCUGGACAAGCAGAACAGGCCAAACAAGCAGAACAGGCCGCCAAUGGCCGUGGACAGGCUGGACAGGGCGCUAACGGCCGUGGACAGGCUGAACAAGCAGAACAGGCCAAACAAGCAGAACAGGCCGCCAAUGGCCGUGGACAGGCUGGACAGGGCGCCAACGGCCGUGGACAGGGCAGUCGUGGACAGCGAGGCCAAAAAUUGUAA